AGUUAUGUGCAGUUUCUUGUAGGUCAGUACCUCAAUCAGGUGCCUUUAAAAAAGAAAAAGGUAAUCUCGCGUCCAGGGUAGCAUGGCUGGUAAGUGGCAGAGCGAGAUUCAAACGCAGACGUCAGCACCCGGAGCCCGAGUCGUCAGCCCAUGAGCUCCGGGUAAUCAGAGCCCGGAAGAAAGUGCUGGAAGGGAACAGAGGCCGAGUGCGCGGGUCGCGGCCGAGUUAACGAUUCCCGGUGGGCGGGUCCUCUUGGCCCCUCCCGCCCGCUGCCCCGAAAGCCCCGCGCCGCCCGCCCGCCGCCGCCACCUGCUGCUCGACCGCGUCCGCAACUGCGCCCCGUCCGCACCUGCGCCACGCCCGCCAUGGCUGGCAAAGCGCACAGGCUAAGUGCUGAGGAGAGGGACCAGCUGCUGCCAAACCUGAGGGCUGUGGGGUGGAAUGAGCUGGAAGGCCGAGACGCCAUCUUCAAGCAGUUCCACUUCAAAGACUUCAAUCGGGCUUUUGGCUUCAUGACGAGGGUGGCCCUGCAGGCUGAGAAACUGGACCACCAUCCUGAGUGGUUUAACGUGUACAACAAGGUCCACAUCACGCUGAGCACGCACGAGUGUGCCGGCCUUUCGGAACGGGACAUAAACCUGGCCAGCUUCAUCGAACAAGUAGCAGUGUCCAUGACCUAGGCCCCGCCCUUCCUCUUGCACGCCACGUGGAUGGCAGUCCGCGUAUGCCAUGAUGCAAGACUGUGGGACGUCCUUCUCCGGAUGGGUUCUCAUCCAAGAUCCCCUAGCCUGAAGCUGCCUGCAUUCCAACCUGACUUGCAAAUGCUGGGGUUCCUUGGAGCAGGCACUUAGCAAAGUCACGACCCAGUCACCCUGGAUGACAAGGGCCAGAAAAGAGGCAGAGGUGGUGUCUGAGAAGUAAGCAUAUUGUUGGUAAGCGGCACCAGCAGGAUCUGAGGGCUAACAAUACCUAUGUCAAUAGCAGGCUCUCAGAAAACUUAAUCAAAACCGAUGAGAGGGGUGCCUGGGUGGCUCAGUCGUUAAGUGUCUGCCUUCGGCUUAGGGCCUGAUCCCAGGGUUCUGGGAUCGAGCCCCACAUCAGGCUCCCUGCUACACUGGGAGCCUGC